AUGGCGACGGAGUACGGGCAGGGGGAGAGCGGCGAGGGCGAGGAGGAGGAGGAGGUGGGCGACGCCGGCCGGCUGCUGCUCCGGGUCCUGCACGUGUCCGAGAGCCCCGCGCCGCUGACCGUGCGGGUCAGCCCCUCGGUCAAGGACGUCCGGCCGUUCAUUGUGGGGGCCGUCGUGAGAGGCAUGGACCUGCAGGCCGGGAACGCGCUCAAACGGUUCCUCACCUCCCAGACGAGGCUGCACGAGGAGCUCUGCGAGAAGAGGACGGCGGCCACCAUCGCCACCCACGACCUCCGAGCCGUCCGCGGGCCCCUGCUCUACGGCACCCGCCUGCCGCAGGACCUCAAGAUCGUCCCCUUGGGGCGCAGAGAGGUCAAGGCCAAGGACCUGGUGCGGCAGCUCCAGCUGGAGGCCGAGGAGCACAGGAAGCAGAAGAAGAGGCAGAACGUCUCCGGCCUGCACAGGUACCUUCACUUACUGGACGGAAAAGAAAGUUACCCCUGCCUUGUGGACGCGGACGGUGACGUGAUCUCCUUCCCGCCCAUAACCAACAGCGAGAAGACGAAGGUAAAGAAGACAACCUCAGACCUGUUUCUGGAAGUGACCAGCGCCGCGAGCCUGCAGAUCUGUAAAGACGUCAUGGACGCCCUCGUGCUGAAAAUGGCAGAAAUCCAGAAACAGACUGUGGAGAGUCAAGAGGACGGGUCCCUCUCGGACACCGAAGCCGACGCGCUCUCUGGACAGCUUCCGGACUCCGGCGCGGACGCAGGCGCGGAGAAGGCCGGGCCCGCCUCCCUGGUGGUGGAGCAGGUCCGGGUGCUGGACGAGGACGGGCCCCUGCGGGUGGUGUACCCCUCCAAGACGGACCUGGGCCUCGCCGGCCCCCACGUGACCGUGGUCCGCUGAGCCCGGCCCGCGGCGGCCGGGUGCGUGGUGCCGUCACCUCGGUGGUUUUUAAGGUGCACGUCCCUUGCUCACUUUUCCAGAAGGUUCUGGCACAGAGGCUGCUGCGUUGUCAUGUGCUUGGGUGGCUCUGCCUUUCUGGCACCAGACUGAUUAUGCCAACGCUUGUCAGCAGCGACUCGCGUACGGGAGCCGCUGGUUCCGGUGGGGGUUCGAGAUCAUGCAGACACAGCAACUAACUGUAUUCUGGGGAGGAAAGACCUCGGCGGGUUUAGCUACUCAGCUCUACCUGGGGAGCUGUCGGGCGUUCUCGGAGCCGCACCCUCAUUUUUCUACGAUGCAGCAGCUUUUAGAAUCGCGCCGCACCAGUCGUGCAGCUGAGAGACCGCGGUGACCCCCCGUCCCCAGCUGGCCACACACCAUUCUCUUUUUAUGGGAAAAAUAUUUUUAUGUGACCUUAGACUUAGCAAAGGCAUUUUUCUUAAUACUGCGAUGCGCCAGGCGUGGGCCGCAGGGCACCGCGAGGGGCCCCGGCGGGGCAGGAUCAGGCUCCACUUACCUGCACGCGCCGCGGGGGAGGGCAGGCGUCGGGGCACGCGCGGGGCUCCGGCGCAGAGUGGGUUUCUUGGGCGGGCGGGGCCGCUGUGCCGGCAGCAGGCUCAAGGCCAAACGAGGGUGAAGCGUUCCGAGUUUUAAGUAUUUACGGUCUCGAAUGUCUGGGGGCAUAGACCGUGUGUGAGUGAGCACGCACACGCACCCUCCCCGCCCCCUGUAGGCCCUGUGUGAGCGCACACACACCCUUCCCGCCCCCACCCCCCGGGCACCAGCUGGCCACAGGGAGGUGGGGUUUCCUAGCCUCUGCCUGGAUUAGGAGAAACUGAGUCCCUGGCUUUUUGUCACUUCCUGGCUCCAUCUGUGUCACGUUCUGUGACUUGCACAGGACACGCUGUGUGCUCUGCUGGUUCGGGCGGCGUGAGCCGGAGGCCCGCUGAGCCCAGGCCUGAGCCUGCACGUGGAGGGCGCACUUACUGAGCCACAGGGUUCUCUGAGCUCAGCCAGCCUGCCGUGUAGGGCAGCCGCCCUGAGACCCGGCCCGGCUCUGGUCACCUCCAGGUCUUCCCUUUGGUCCCUGGAGGGGGCGGCUGUCCGGCUGGGCGGAAGGAGGCCACCAGGAGGGGGCUCUGCCUGGCCUCGAGAGCCCCAGACCUGCCACACGUCCACGUCGGUGGCUCCGGGGUGUCCUCUCGUGAGCCUCGGGCCAUGGGGGCAGUGACUGCUGACGCUGUGGCCAGCGUGGGGUCUGCGGCCGGGCCACGGCCAGGCGGCCCUCUUGGUUCCUGGGACUGUUCCAGGAACAGGUUCUGUCUGAUCUGUGGCUUCACUGACGCGGACAGAGCUGCCCGCCCCGCCGCCCGUGACACGCUCGGCCAGUGCGAGAUGUGUGCGCCUCGCCGCGGGGAACCUGGUGUCCUUCCUGCCCCCCUCCCGCUCAGAAUCCCGACACUUCCUUGCCAGCCCAGCCCUCUAAUAAACGUUUAAUACAAACAUC